GAUCGCUGUUGAAAGUGGCGUUUAAACAUGGCUACCGCUCUGCCGCCCGUCCCCGAUCGCCUAAAAGCGGUCGCCCCGUACGUAAAAAUAGCGGCAGAGCACGAUGCAAGGGAUCCAGUGAUCGCCUAUUGGUGUCGCCUCUACGCCCUGCAGAACGGCAUGAAAGUUGACAGAUCUUCGUCGGACUGCCGGGUCUUUCUGAUGGCAUACAUGGAUUGGCUGGAAAAGGAAAAAUCGCUGAGGAAAGAUGAUGAAGCCAUCAGCAGUGACGUCGUCGCCCAAGCUCACAUAGAAAAUCGUGCUCUAAAGUUGUUUCUUUGGGCAGACGGCGAAGAUAGGGCAGCUCGCUUCAACAAAAAUGUCGUCAAGGCAUUCUACACAGCUGGAUUCCUUUUUGACAUUCUGACCACCUUCGGGGAACUGACAGAGGAGAUCACAAACCACCGAAAGUAUGCUAGGUGGAAGGCAGCCUACAUCCACAGGUGCCUCAAAAAUGGAGAACAGCCAAUUCCAGGGCCUUUGAAAGGAGACGACGAGGGAUUCGAAGAGGAUGCAGGAGUGGUAGGAGGCAUGGGGGGCCCCAGCCCGUCCAACGGCCCCGAGGGAGAGGCAUCUGGGAGCGACGACCCCUUCGUCCCCAGCUUCCCCCAGAUGGGCGGUGCCCACGCGCCCGGAUUCGUCCUGCCCCCGGUGCAGCCGGCGGGAGGGGCCACGGGAGGACCCCGUCUGUCGUACGGGGACGGCCAGCCGGGCCUGGUGUCCCUGCCCGUGCCCACCCCAGGAUCCCAGGCCCCGCCUUCGACCCCCAGUGGGUCUGCGCAGCCCUCGCCCUCCAUGACUCCCCUCGACCUGCCCCGUGCUGCCAACGGUGUGAGCCUGCAGCCCGACGACUUCCACAAGGCGCAGAAGUACUGCAAGUACGCCGGGAGCGCCCUGCAGUACGAAGACGUGCCCACUGCCAUUGACAACCUCCAGAAGGCUCUCAGGUUACUCACCACUGGCUCUGAGGGGCUUUGAGGACAUGCAGGGGCCCCUUCUCUGUGCUCACUUGGGGCACCCUCCUUCCCCUUCGGUGUGCGUGAAGGUUCAGUGUUUGUUUCAAGGAGUGUGUCCACCCGCUGUCCCACAUUGACGACGUCUCGAAUGGUGCCGGGAAGCACCGCUCGUGUGUCCGGGCCGAAGCGUUUGCCGGCCAGCUUAAAUAAACGGUUCCUGUAGUCCACACAAUGCCAACACCGUGGCAGGUUAGUUGUGCACCUUCCUGCGUGAUUGCAACAAUCAGUGCAGUCACGCUCUACUAGUAAGUGUUCCCCUGUUUUUCGGGUUUUAUAUUUAGAAUAUUACGAGGGAAAGGGGAUUGAUAAUGGGUGCCCUUUUCUAGAUUGAAAUUCUAACAGGCAUGUGAUAUAAUUUUUUUCUGGGACACAAAAACAUUCACUUUGUUUCGUUGCACCAGGUGAACGAGAAGAUCAAAUGGAGGAAACUUCCGACAAUACAGGUAUAUUUGAGAAUGUGUUUCUUGGGGGACCAACUUUUUUCGUAAAGGAGGUAUUUCAAGCACAAAGUGCCACACUUUCCGUUCUUGCGGAUCCUACACGUGGAUUUGGGAGGAACGGGGUUUUGGUUUUCUGGUAUAAUCUGGGUUCUGUACAAUAUUUCAAGAGCCUUUUCAGAAUGAAAGCGUAAGGCAAAAUUGAGCCUCAAUGGACCUUGUCCAAAAUCUUAGGAGCCGCUUUUUAUUGCAUUGGAAUGCUAGCAGGAGUCUUCUCGCUAAGGGUGUGGUUUUCAACCAGAAAAGCGACACCAAUUUAUUGACGAACCUUGAGUGCCUGCCUAGUCGAAAGGGAACCCAAGACCCCAGGAGGGAACUGAAUGCUCCUAAUUUUUGGCUACAUUCUAUUUUUCCUUUAGUAGUUAAUGCAAUGUCAUAUUGUUUGCAAAUAAACCAAGCUGCUUUACUUUCGUUCA